CAGCAAAAAGUUUCUGAGGAAAAUAAAUUGAUUUUCCAAAGACAAAGGAAAAUCGUUACUGUGCCAACAAUGUUUGGAAAAAAAUUAAAAUUUUCAAUUGCAAUAAUUUUUUAUUUAAGUGUGAUUUGCAUAUUAAAUGCAAAAUUAUACGAAACGAAGUCAAUCACAGGUGUGAAGAAAAGUCCACAAAAUUUGAAGGUUUCGCUGAUAAAAUCAAAUUUUCCCAUUCAAUGGGUAAAUAAAGUAAGACGUGAGAAGCGUGCUGAGAGAAGAGCUAAUCAAAUUGAUGAAAACUAUGACGAAAAUGCAGAAAUUCUACCAGAUUUAACUUAUCCAAAUGAGAAACCAUUAGUUGAGCAGAUUGCAGAUAGUUUCGAAAAUAUAUGGGAAUCACUAAAGGAAUCGGUGAAAAAAUGUUUUAAUUUGAUUAAAAGUUUGUUUUCUAGUAAUAGUCAACAAUUUAAUGAAUAUUAA